UCGACGAACGCGGACGUGCUCAUCGCAGCAAUCUAAUAAUAGCAUAAAUUAACAAUUUUUAUUUUGACCUAGUUUUCGAGACAUAGUGUUAUUAUUCUGAAGUAUACAGUUUUUAUUGCAAAUAUGGACAAAAAGUAAACUUCAACAAUUAUGGAUAGCAGCCCCUCUCGUCGUGGCGGACUGCCGCAUUGCUCUUCAUCACCAGCAGUAGCCAGAGGUCGCGCACAAGAUGAUGAAGUUGAGAUUUAUUCUACUCCCGAAAUUCAGUCCUGGAUGAAUAGCAUUGAGAAGUGCCUGAAUGAGGUGACGACCAUGGUUUCGGAAGGCAAGAUGAAUUCCGAACAAAAACUAAGAGUAAGUAGCCUAUGUCUUAAAGUCGGUCGUGCAGUCUCUCAAAUGGCUGUGCAAUACCAGUCAUUGAAACAUAAAGCCCUCCAAAACUACGCCACCUUGCAAACGUUUAAGGAAAAUGAAGACCUUGCUAGUAGCUUGACUGAGAUCAAGCAAAAGCUAGAAGAGAACCUGAUCAAACAGAAACAGGAAAGCACUUCCUUUGCUGACAUGGUGAAGGGUACAAAAACCCUUAUACGGCCUCAUGCAACCAGCUCAGUCGCUAUAUAUCCCAGAGACAGUACCAAGACCAGUGAAGAUACCAAAAAUUUAGUACAAAAGAUAGUUUGUCCUGAAGAAAUGAAAUUGAAGGUACGUGGACUACGAAAAAUAAGAAACGGUGGUGUAAUAAUAAGCACUGAGACCAAGGACGACAUCCAAAAAUUGAAGCAGACUGUCGAGCGUUCUACAUCUGGACUUACUGUUGAUGAACCUCGUAAGCGGAAGCCCCGUAUCGUAAUUAUUGGGGUCCCUACUGACAUGGCAGAGAUAGAAGUUUUCAAAUGUAUUUAUGAACAAAACAUUGUCGACAAACUACCAAAUUUGACCAAAGAUGCAUUUUUAUCCUCAAUCAAAUUAAGCCAUAAGUCAGGAAAAAGGGAUGCUGACAGCUGCAACUUUAUUAUUGAAGUGCCAGCAAGCGUCCGGAGAGCCCUAGUGAAUCAAAACAGGAUCUAUAUAAACUGGACCUCGUGCCCGGUACGAGAUUUCACCCUCGUGACUCGGUGCUUCAAGUGUCAGCAGUAUGGUCAUGCAUCCAAGACUUGCAAGUCCAUCACCUCUACUUGUAGCCACUGUGGUGCAGAAGGACACACAACUCAAGAGUGCUCUUCGAAGGAACAACCACCGAAAUGUGCAACCUGCAAGCGCUACAAUAAACCCCACAACCAUAAGACAGGAGAUUUGGAUUGCCCUGCUAGGAAAGCCGCUGAAUACAGGAACAUUAACUCGGUGGAUUAUGAAGGCGCCUGAGAGCGCCAUGCAUUAGAUUUUAU